CUCCUCCGCGGGAAACAAAAAUGGCGAGGGGCUGCGCCGGGGCCGGGCUGUCCGUGAGCCGGCUCUGACUCCCCCCCGCCGCCGCGGGGCCGCGCCCGGGGGCCCGCUGUGCACCGCGCACCCGGCCGCACCGCACCGCACCGCGCCGCGCCGCCGGGGAGGCUCCCGAGCUCGCCCAUUUCCCUGUAUGAGGCGGUUGGCACCACUGGAGAGACCGAAUGAGAGACUCUACAGCGGUGGGUAAUUCACUGGUCCACAAGCGCUCUCCUUUACGCCGCAGCCAGAAGAGCUCAGCGUCUGUGACCAAGCUGUCCUUGCGGGAUGGACAGAAAGCCAAAAAACCAUUUUGUAAAUUUGAGGAAGGUCAGGAUGUCCUAGCUAGAUGGUCAGAUGGCUUGUUUUAUCUUGGAACUAUCAAAAAGAUAAACAAACUGAAACAGAACUGCUUCAUUAUAUUCGAAGACAGUUCCAAAUCCUGGGUUCUCUGGAAGGACAUACAAACAGGAGCCACUGAAAGUGGGGAAAUGGUCUGUACAAUAUGUCAGGAAGAGUAUUCAGAAGCACCGAAUGAAAUGGUUAUAUGUGAUAAAUGUGGGCAAGGUUAUCAUCAGCUGUGUCACACACCAAAUAUUGAUUCCAGUGUGAUUGAUUCAGAUGACAAAUGGCUCUGUCGACAGUGUGUUUUUGCAACAACAACAAAGAGGGGCGGCGCGCUUAAGAAAGGACCAAAUGCCAAAGCACUGCAAGUCAUGAAACAAACGUUACCAUACAAUGCAACAGACCUGGAGUGGGAUGCAGGUCAUAAAACCAAUGUGCAGCAGUGUUACUGCUAUUGUGGAGGACCUGGAGACUGGUAUCUAAAGAUGUUGCAGUGCUGCAAAUGUAAGCAGUGGUUUCAUGAGGCUUGUGUGCAGUGCCUCCAAAAGCCAAUGCUUUUUGGUGACAGGUUUUAUACCUUCAUUUGCUCAGUUUGCAGUUCUGGACCAGAAUACCUCAAACGUUUACCCUUGAGAUGGGUAGAUAUAGCACAUCUAUGCCUUUACAACCUAAGUGUUAUUCAUAAGAAGAAAUAUUUUGAUUCGGAGCUUGAACUUAUGGCCUACAUUAAUGAAAACUGGGAUAGAUUGCAUCCUGGUGAGCUGGCAGAUACACCAAAAUCUGAAAGAUAUGAGCAUGUCCUGGAGGCAUUAAACGAUUACAAGACCAUGUUUAUGUCUGGAAAAGAAAUAAAGAAAAAGAAGCAUUUGUUUGGUUUGAGAAUUCGUGUUCCUCCUGUGCCACCAAAUGCUGCUUUCAGGGCUGAGAAAGAACCAGAAGGAACUUCUCAUGAGUUCAAAAUUAAAGGCAGAAAGUCAUCGAAACCCAUUCCUGAUGUGAGGGAACUAAGUAACGGUAUAGAGAAAAAGGGGAAAAAAAAAUCAGUCGGUCGUCCACCUGGUCCCUAUACAAGAAAAAUGAUUCACAAAACUCCAGAGUCGUCUCCUCUGGAUAAUGAACCAGUUCCGGUGAUAGAGAACCCAGCCUUGGAAUUACCCUGCACUGUUGGGAAAUCUGAUGGAACUGCACAUUCGUCCAAUACCUCAGAUGUGGAAUCCACAGGUGCUGCCAGUAUGAAAGAAACUACCUCAUCUAGCAUUUCCAGACAUUAUAGUUUAUCUGACUCGAGAAAAAGGACUCGUACAGGAAGAACUUGGCCUGCUGCAAUACCACAUUUGAGGAGGAGAGGGCGCUUUCCACGAAAAGCACUCCAGACUCAAAAUUCAGAAAUCGUAAAAGAUGAUGAGAGCAAGGAAGAUUACCAGUAUGAUGAACUCAAUACAGAGAUACUUAACAACUUAGCAGAUCAGGAGUUACAGCUCAAUCAUCUAAAGAACUCCAUUACUAGUUAUUUUGGUGCAGCAGGUAGGAUAGCCUGUGGGGAAAAAUACCGUGUCUUGGCUCGUCGGGUGACGCUUGAUGGAAAGGUGCAGUAUCUUGUGGAGUGGGAAGGAGCAACUGCAUCCUGACUGUAGGACUGAACAUUAUGUUCACUGCACUGUCAUCUGUAAGUACAGUUCAUAAUGCAGAGCCAUGAGAGAAAUGGUCUUUAAAUGUGUUUUUAAAAAGAAACAAACAAACAAAACCUUUUUAGCCUUAACAUGUAAUUGUUAUCAUUACAGCUCUUGUGAUAAAGACUUAUCUUUUUAAAAUCUGAUCUGAGACUUAAAUUUUUUAAUCUGAACGUUGUUAGAUUGUUUUAGGUUGGGAUAUUUUGGGUUACAAUUGCUUAAAAAUGUGCAUGGUGUUUAAAAAAAGAUGACAUUUUCUAGAGAACAUUCCAUGGAUACAGUUAUUGUGAUUUAGAGAAAAUAUUAUGUAGAUAGCACAAAUAUUUGAAAAAUCUUGGUUUGUUUUCUUACCCAAAUGUUUGCAGAAAUGUAUUUCUAUUUCAAUACCUUCUAGAUUUCAUAAGUGCAGUGUAUAUAAUGCCUACUGAAGACUGUAAAAUACUGAAGUUUUCUUUCAAACAAAGUGUAAAAAAAAAAAAAAAAAGGAAAAAAUAUAUUGAGCCUGUAAAUUGCUCUGUGACCAGACUUCAUUGUCUUCUUAAUAUAUUCUGUGUGUGUGUGUGCGUGUGUGUGUGUAUAUACAUAUGUAUAUAUGCACACACCUCCCUGUGCGUGUGUAUAUAUGUGUGAUUGUGACUAUGCAAUACAAAUUAUGGGAUUGGGCAGCUUCUGAGAAUUCAUCCCAUAAUUCUUUUUUCAGGAAUAGUUGCCAGUAUUUACACAGCAGCAUUUCUUCUCAGGCUUAUUGGGUGCUGUUGCUUUUUAUGUACUAAGGAAAAGUGUCCAACCAGUGCAGCGUGUUCUGGCAAUGGGUGCAGUCAUUGACGUUCCAUUAUUUUCCAUUUGAAUUAACUGUCAAAAAAUAAGGCAGGAUCUGAACAUUUUGAAAUUAACUCUACUGGAAAUAACAAUGUGCAAGUUCUUGUGGCACUCUGAUUGUAAAUUUUGUGUCCCAGUUAUAAAGUAAGUUGACAGGAGUCACAUGCAGGAUUUCUACGUAUCUGUAGAAAUGGUCAUAUUUUGAUAAAUGUAGUAUGAACUAAGUGUAUUAUUGCACAGGGUCAACAAAUGUUGCCAUUUGAAGUAACAUUACUGAUUUUAUUACAACAUUACCUCUUCUGUGUUUAUAAAAUGUACCAAGUUUUAAAUCGAGGAGUUUAUUUUACUUGUUUAAAAAAAAAAGUCAAAAAAGUCUCUUGCCAGUAUUAGAUGUUUUUUCUUUGUCUGCUACUUUUGAGGGGGUUUUAGCCAAAGAGUAAACAGAAGAAUAUUUUUACUUUGGUGGUUAUUCACUGUACUGUAUAAGGUUAGAUUUCUUACAUGCUUACAGUUUACCACCAAAAUAAAAUUAUGUAACAUUAACAAAUGACAGAGUGGUUUAAAGUGUGCUACUUGGGUUAGUACCUAUUUAUUCCAUUACUUGGUUAUUUCACUUUUUCUGCUCAUCUUGAACAUCUUAAGAAGGUGAUUCUUUUUCUGGAUUUUUUUUUUUCUGUCACCUUAUAGCCAAAGGAAGCAGAGAAAGCUUUUUUUUCCUGUGCUUGGAUUGUGGCUGGCUGGGUUAUAUUAGCUUUAUAAAAAUGCUAAUUAAAAACUGCCACUUCUGUUUACCUUCACUAAAAUGUGUGGGUUUUUUUCUCACACCCCCAGCUAUUAAUUUAAUGUUGCCUUGCCUGUAGCUGCAAUAUUUUGAUAACACAGCAACUUCAUGUUAAUUUUUGAAUGUUUAUAUCUUGAGAUAAUGCAAAAUGUUAAGCCUUUGUAACCUUACUCACACCAUCUGUAUUUGUCUUUAUUGUUUCACUUUAUCCAAGUCCUUUAAUUCUAACUGAACACCAGCAGUAUUUUUCAUAAAGCUUCAUUUAAAGAUAAAUAUUGGAAUGUACUUGGGGACUUUAGUGGGGAUGGGGGGGGAGAAAAUAUUUGUCAAACUUAAGCUGUCCAUAGACUUAACUAUUGUGAAUGUCAUUUCAUUUUAUUACGGUGGUUGAGUUAACUCUGAUGUUCAGUUUGUAUUUUUGGAAUUGCUUUUUUUCCUAGAAUUAAAAGACCAACAUUAAAUGUGUGUAUUUUUUGAGAGAGAAGAAUGAGUUUUGAUUCUGUAUUCUUGUGAAGCACAUGCUUGGUGGCACCCUCCCAUCUGUUACAUCCCUGUCUGUAGCUUUCCUGUUCCUGGCCUGGAGACACUUGCCCUGCACAUAGACACUAACUGGUGUUCCAGCUCUGGUUGAGGGAUGCUUUGUUACAAGGUGUCAUGUACUGGAAAAUGCUGCAAUAGUGCUGCUGAAGAUAGAGCUAGAGGAGUAGUUAAAGCACACCUACAAAUGCCUUUCUCAUUUUCUGUGACUGUCCCUGUACGUGGUAGUGGUGUGUCUAAAGGAAAAGACAAAUGUUGCUGUAUGUACUGAUUCCAUUUUGGUGUAACUCGAUCACUGUAUGUAUGCAUGUGUGUAAAUAUCUGUAAUUCAGCUUUGUUGUGGGCACUGAUUUAGAACCAUUUCUCUGUGUAUGAGAUCUAAUAUUUUUCCAUUAUAUAUUAUUUGUAUUACAGUAGUAUUUAGGUAGGAGAAGUCUCUUGUGACUGUUCUAAAAAUAGAGGUAUUGCAUGAACAAGACAGCAAGGAAAUAAUGGCACAAUACUGGUCAGAAUUGUAAAAUAAGCAUCAUAGCAAACUAUUUGUCAAAUCAUUGUUCAACAAAAUCUUCAACAGAAAAUUUAAAUAAAACUAUGCUUUUCUAUGCAUAACAGGCAGUUUGAGUGAGAUUACGAAGGAAUUUUGGAAAACCUCUUAGCAUGAUAUGUGAAAUGAAGGUCAAUAUUUUAAUUUAACAUGAAGACAGAAAUAAAAAAGGCAUUGAAGGUGAAGACACACACUUUAUUGUCUGGGGGAGGGAAGAUAAUUUAAUAAAAAGAAAAAUGGCUUUGUCUGUGGAACAUCCUAUUAAAGUGAUCUUUAGUGUUAUAUUUUAAAAGGAAAUUGGUGAAUUGAGAUGGAACUUGCCAAGGCUGAAGAAGGAGCAGUAGUCAGAACAGUGAUAAGGAUGAACUGGACAGGAGCAUCAGUUCUGUGCACAGAGGGAAGAGGAUGAAUCUUGCAAAUGCUAUGCAGGUAAAAUUUUCAGGCACAUCUCUGGUUCCCCCAUCUGUCUGAAUGAAAAGUACCAUUGCAGUUAAGGGUAUCAUGGCAGGAAAUUAUAUUCUGUAGAAAUGGAGAAAAGGAUGCUGAGUUGCGUUUGGUCAAUGCUGAACUUACACUGAUGGCUAAACACCCAUAUGGGUGUGUCAGAUCUACUGAUAUCCUAGUUUGGUCAGAAAAACAUAGUGAUGCAUGUGGAAAAAAAUCAGAAUUGUCAACGUUUGUAGAAAAGUUAGUUUAUUUUUUGGUAUAAAUUGGAUCAUCUGUAGGUGAGGUGUAAAGAAGAGAAAGAUGUGGGAAAAGAGUCUCCUUUGGAGUCACUGAAGAAAGCUGAAGGUGAAAUGGCUGUCUUCUAGAAAAGAAUACAGGGGAAUAGCAAGGAAAAGCAAAAGACAAGUACCAGUACAAGCUGUGCACAGUCUGAGAAUUAGCUUGGAAUUUGAUGCUUUUGCUGUCUUUCACUUAUUCAGCAACAAUGAAACAAGAUUUUUUACUGUCUUGAUGUUUUAAUAUUUUCCAUUUUUGUAGCCCUUUAUGUUUCUCUCAGCUAGCUCAUCUCUGCUGUUUUUUAAAUUAGAUUUGUACAUAUUCCAGCAUUGAGAUCCAUGUGCCGUAACAUCAACAGUUGUUCUGGUUUUCAUGGGUACCAGUGCAAUGUUUUGCCUGCAGAUAUUAGUUUUUCGAAUACAGCUUUAGCUCAUACAGUUCUUUUCUUAUAAUCUUUCUUCUGAUUUAUUCACUGAUAUUUCAUCAGCGUGUUUGUCUCUUCCACUUUUUCCGCUUUGUUUCCAGCUUCUGAAUUUGACAACAUUCUGUUUGUUUCCCAUUGUUACCUAUUUUGUGUUUGGCAGUGAUUGACUUCCAUGUGGUUUUGGUUUCCUAGUCUUCUGUUUACUUAACGUUCAGUGUAGUAGCAUUAGCUUCCAGUCUCAACAUCUGCAUUUUUACUGUAACAAGCUCAUUUGCUUCAAAACCUGCUUUAAAGCAGGGAGCUAAUUAAUGAUUCUGUCUUGCUCUAAAUAAAGUUUGUUUGGCUGUAAGCACCAUUUCUAAGUCCUUCAUUUUUGCUUUGCCAUUCCCUAAUGAAUCCUCACAAAACUUGCUGUCAUUGCAUUCACUCGUGUCACUCUCUCAUGGGAUAGUUACUGCUUUGCUAUGUUUGUUUCUCUCAUUCUUGUACUACUUUGUGUUUUUUGGUUGCUCUCAUUUGGUAUCCAGAACUUCACAAAUUGCAUGAUAGCAGAGAUCAGAAAGCUUUAAGAUAAUAAAAUUGUAGAGAUCAUCAGCAAUGGCUGGAAAUUCUGGGAAAGGGAAUUAAUGAACAAUUGGAAAGGUUUUCAGGCUGUAGGAUGCUGAAAUAUAUUCGUAGUCAUAGCAGGAGGAAGAGGGAGCCUAAGAAGGGGAAGAAUAUAAGGUGUAGCAAACAACUGAUCGAGGUAAACAAGGCAAAGCUCCUUGAUUAGGGAAAGUAGGGAUGCUUUUCAUACAAAAUCUACAUUCAGAAUUGUCCUUUCUGACAAACUGACUAGGGAGACUGCCUUCUUGCAGAAACGUGUGUGUAUGUGUGUGUAAUAUAUACAUUUAUGUGUAGAAAUACACAAAUCUGAGAAAUACAAUGAGAAACAACUUUGAAUGUAUUCAAUUACAGUGGUAAUUUAUUAUUUUUUUAAAAGUCUAAGUAGGCUAUGAAAUACUUUGAUGGACUGUAAAAAACUAAACUAAAAUCAACCUACAAUAAAAAUUGUUGAUUCAGUCCUUGCCUUUUUCACUCCCAUGGCUUUUCUGCUCUGCUUGUGGUAAUGAGCCCUCAGUAUUGGGGGUGCUCACCUGCCCCACAGUCGCUGAGAGGUGAGUGCUGAAGCUUUAGGGUGGGAACUCCUGAUUGUUGGCCAUUUGGCAACUGAUCCUGCUUCCUCCUGCUCCAGGAGAGGCAGCAGAAGUGAAUAAUGGCUGAUGCAUGCUCAGUGCCUUGUAGAGGGAGUGGUGGGGUCUGGUUCUGCCCUUUUCUGUCUCUCCAGAGAAUGUAAUUAAGCAUCUUCUCACUGUUUGGAACUGGGGUUGAGUGAACUGUCAGCAGCUGUUGGUAUGGACAGGUAUCUUUGACUUUGGUUUUUACUCCUCCACGAAAUCCUUCAGCAUAAUAGAAAAAUUACUUCAAUUAGACAGUUAAUGUCAGGUCCUUCAACAUAAGGUUGAAAUCUAUAGAUAUAUGUUUGUAGAACUUUCCUUUUGGUCACCCUACGCCUUCCUUAUGCCCCUGUAUUCCAAUUUGGCAGGUAGUAGCAGAUGGAGAGUGAAGAAGGAUAUCUUGUUUCCAGAAACUUGGUAUGCACCAAGGGAAGAAAGGGAUUUGUGAGUUGUACGGGUUCCAAGUCUCAUUAAUUGUCAUAACUACAGCAUUAGAUAGCAUGAGGGAAGAUGUAAUUCAGAUACUUCUGGUGAAACUUUAGCAUUGUAGGUGUGUUUUCUAGUAUUUUUAAUUUUUUCAUCAUCUUAUUACCAUUUUAUUAUCUUUUACCUUUGAUAAAAAUCUGUAAGUUAUCUUAUGUGACUUGUUGGUUUGAAAACCACAUCAUACAAUAAGGCAUAUAUAGCUUUUUAUCUGCUCUGUAAUAAUUUGUGAAAAUUGUGCUUGCUCAUCUCUGUGCCUCACCAUUCAUACAGCAUUCCUCCUGCAUGAGUAGUGGAUUUCUGUGCCAGGGCACUGCUGGAGCAGGGGGAAAGCAUGGAAAAAGAAGGGCUUAACAUAAGCCGUUUCUCAGCAAUAACUGAGAGUUUGUGUUUCCUGUCUACACCACAAGUUGCUAAGUGUUAAAAUGAAAGAGUCUCGAAAAGACUUGUUCUUUGAAGCGCUGCUGAACUUGUGAAGCAACGGACUUGUGCAAGGUGAGGGAAAAGGCUGCUGUGCUGUGCAUGCAAAGUGAAGGCAGGAGGUGUCAUUUCUCAUGGUGCACACUUCUAGAGAGCAGCAAAAGGAACUUCUGCCUGCAUUUCUGAUGUCUGUGUCCAGAAAUGGCUCUGGAUGGUUUUUACUGUGCAUGUACCUUCUCAAGUCAAACCACUGUUCCUUCUACCAUUAAUUGCCCGGUCUGACAACAUCAUGUUGUCCUUGACUAUUUCAUGAUAUCUAUUGCAGUGAUUCAAAACACAGCCCAUAAAGGAAGUUCCUGUUUCAUUAUGGGAACAAUGUGGUCAGCAGCCUGUCAGGCUUCCGGACAGGCCCAGGUUUCUCAGGAGUCUUAGGAAAUGGUAAACAAGUGUGGAUUUGUCAUGUGUAUUACUUGAUCAACCGCAAAAAAAAAGCUCCAAAAUUCUGAGCUUUAGUCUCAGGAUCUUGUGUGUCAUCUUAUGCAUAAUGUGAAAAUACUCCACAUGAAUAACUACUAGUAAUUUAUUUUAUGGGGUUCUUAAUUGUGAGUUUGAUAUUGUGAUACUACUUUCCUGUUUUCCCUCUAUUUCUCCCUAGGUGUUAAUUUUUAAUAUGUUGACUAUACUUAAUCAGAAAUGAAAACACUUAUAUUGUAAAAUAAAAUAUUUAUUUAGAGGAGGGAAAUACAAGAAUUAAUGGAAGCACUCAACAAGUCGUCAGAUGAUGUCCUGCAAAAGGACAUCAAAAGCUGCUGCUGAGAAAGACACUUAUAAAAGUCUAGUUUCAUGUGACUGACACAUUGCUGUUAAUUGGAAACAUGAACACAGACACCAGUUUGAAAAUGUAUCAAGACAAAGUACCUUCUGUAAAAUGCUUUCUAAAAAGGGUUUAUGAGGUCAGAUGGCUAUUGGGUUAGAGCAGUAAAGUGGUUUUUGAGAUGAAGUGUCAAUUUGCUGCUUUCUGUGGUAUCACAAGCUCACAAAUUCCCAUAAUCUGUUCCUUAGGGUGUAUUUCCUCUCCCUUUUUGAGGACAGAAGCUUUGGACUUGGUUGAGUUACUAGCAGAAAACCAUUCAACUAGACAGUUUCCAAAAGUCACAAGUGCUUAUUUAAUACCAAGCUGUCUCGAUUUAGACUGGCAUGUGGGUCUUACUGUCUCUGGCUUUGAACACAGAACUUUACUAGUCUCAGUAGUGUAAGGGACCUCUGCUAUAAUUUUGCAGAAGACAGCACUAACUGUCCUUCCUGCAAUUGCUCCUGAACUUCCAUAAGUGGAAGGUAGUCUGUUCUCUGUGUGUGUAAUAAACUGCUGGUGCAAUAAGGAAUACAAGCAUUAGGGUGCAAAUACUGGGGAAAAAAAAUGAAGGCUCCUAUCUGAUCUGCAUCUGGUAACUUGAAAUAUUUUGUGUUACAAAGACUAGAUGUUGGUGUCACUCUGAUCUGACACCUGUGUAAACCUUAAGUUAUUUGCAUUGAUAAAGCUGAUUUUGGAUACAGUGAAUAAGAACAGAAUUUGAACACUGCAUGAGGAAGAAAUUAAAAAGCUGCAUUACUACAAACAAAGUUUUUGUGAGCUUAGCAUCCUUAUCUUUUGCAGCAUUCAUAGGUAAAGCACUCUUCCUUCACGAUAAAUUAAUAAACCACAAAAACCAGGUUUAAACUUGAUUUAUUGAAAAUCUCAGUUUUGCAUAAUUAUUCAACAUCUGCAAUUCUUAAAACAUUUAGUUCUGAACAAAAAGUCCAUUAAGAAAAAAAAUGUAGAUUUAUAUUCUCCUUUGUAAAUUUUAUACAAUCAAAAGCAAUGUACUCUUCAGAACCCACAUGAAAUGUUUCUUAACUGCAAGUUUACGUGCCAAAUCCUUCACCUAUGAUACACCUAUUCCAGCUGCCAAAGUCAAUGCACAGUUACCUUUCUAAUUAUUAACUCUUUCAUUUUCUAUAGUUGAAUUUGAAUGAGGAGAAAAUAGUCAGAACUCUCAGCUGCAAAACAAGAAUUUCUUCCAGAUGAACUCUGCUGGCACUUGCUGCAUUAUUUUCCUUCUACCAGAGAUCUUUGCAAUGGGAGAAACUGAACUGCAGCAGUCCUGUGUCUGAUCAGAGCAGUCUGCACUCGUUAGCAGGUUAAAGUACCACACCAAACUGUUUCAGAGAGGCACAGCAGAGCAGCUGGGGGACCUAAUCUCUUAAGGUGCCCUUGGAAAACUUGGCAGAAGCUUAUCUCUUGGAAUUUGAAGCUGAAAUCUGUAUCUAGUAGCUUUGAUAGAAGAGGUAGAUGUCUCAGCUGCAGCUUCCCAGAGCUGGUUCAGCAUUUUGCAGAUGGUUUGUAGCAUCACAGUCCUGGUGACGCAAGCCAAGGUAACUCCAUGGUAUAUUGGUAGUGGGAGAGGGACAGGGAAAUGGCAGGAAAACAUUAUUUGCCACUCUAACUGAAAGAAUAAUUUUUUUCCUAGCCUUUGUCCUGAUCACAGAAGUAAGCUUUAAGCUUUCUAAUUCCAGUUUAGAAUACAAAGCAUCGUAUGGAAAUAAGAUAUGCAAAACCCUAAAGGGGUACAGUCUUAUUUUGGACAGAGCUUUGCAGAAAGACGAAGUAGCCUUUGGAGCCCUCUGUAAGUUCUGUAAUAAUACUUUUGCUUAUAAAAACUACUUAGAAAUAUUAUUGCUAGGUCCUGUUGUCUGCAGUAGAAACUGAAGUGCUGUUUCUGUGUUCUGUAGCCCUUGCUAGCAUCUGCUUCGCUGGAACAAAAUGUUUCUUCAUGCACCUAUUGACCCUGUUUUAUCUCCAGAAAAUAAUUCUAAAUCACAGAAAGACCCAAAGUUGCAAUUCUGCCAUUCAUGCCUAGAUGGCCCCACAACAGGCACACCACUACUACAUACACUUUUUUUAAAACACCUUUUAAAAAAGUGUUUUUAAGAAAGUUUUUUAAAAACCUGUGAUAAAAUGUAGUUAACACAUUUAUACAAGAAAUGUCAAUGACUUGGCACACUGUAAAAAUUACUAAUUUGGAUAUAUUAAAAAAAGUUAAUUCUCAUGCACCAUGGGGUUUUGGCAAAAAUUCUGUAGCCUCACUACAGUGUCAAAAGCCGCUUCAUCCAGAAAUUACAAAUUCCUGAUUUGAUAUUAGCUUUGCCUUAGGUAAGUGAUACUGCGUAUUCAGUUGAUCAUACAAGUUGAAGCCUGUACUUGCUGCUCCUGUAAUUCAUGCCUUUUUCAUAUGAACAGCUGGAUACAGAAACAGAGUGUACUUACACAGCUGAAAGACUUGUGAGGGUGAGCAAAAAGGGAAAGUUCUGGUGAACAGCUUUGGUUUUAUAGGCCUAUGUAAGUCACCCUAUUAACUGUUACAUUAGUCACAGCUGUAGUAGACAGGAACAAAUAGAAACAAAUUGGCAAAUAAGAGGCAUUUUGAGGCUAUGAAAAUCAGUCUUUAUGUGAUGUUUUGGCAUACCACGACCUCUGCCUUUAUUAAAAGGAAAAACAUGAGAAAUUACUUUUUUUAAAGUUAUCUGUAACACAAAUUUACAGUAAUGAAGAAUUUGCAAACCAUACUUCAAAGUGUGUGUGUAUUUGUAUAGCACGUAGACACCUGUCUUGUGUAACAGCCAAAAAGGAAAAAAAGGUUGUGCAACUACAGGACAGAAAGAUUUAUGAACAGGAAUUGUACCUAUUUUCUCCAAUUCUUUUCAACACUGACCCAAUUUCACAUUGAUGGUGCUUUUUUAAAGUGCUGAUAUUAGUAAUUUGUAUAUAGAAAGUUUUCAUGUUCUUACAAUGUUAGCCCAAUGUUUCUCCAUGAUGCCAUAGAACAAAAGAUGAGUAUUUUUGAAACACAUAAUUUUGAAGAUAAAUGACAGUAAUUACAAACUAUCCCUGUGGGCCCCAAUCCUGUAAACACUUAGGCACAUAGGUAAAUUCACUCAGUAUUUAACAGCAAAUAAACCAAUGUCUAAGUUACUACUUAAAAGUUUUAUGUGAAAACGAAAAAAAUGACAGUAUUAACAUUACUUUGCAAAUGCACCAGGUGUGCUAUGCAUAAGGUAGUCAUUAACAGUCAUUGACAAAUUAUACAAGUACAAAAAAUAUUGUUAGUAGCAUUUGGAAAAUGGGAGAGCGUGGGGUGAGGCAUUACGUUCAUGUUUAAAAAAAAACCACCCACCCACCACAUAAACCUACAGCAACCCCCCAAACACAAACAAGACCACCACCAUCACAACCAAAUAGCCCAAGAUGAAUUGAAAACCUGAUUUUUACUGUUUGUUCAAAAGAAUCUGAAAGGGGUCUUUUUUUUUUUUUUAACUGUAGUUUAUUGCUCCCCCUCUCCUCCAUACCUGUUAAUA